UGGCAACACUGAUAGACGUCCGCCAUUAGAGUUUUGCUGUCGCGUCGGUAGAAAAAGUGUGGAAAAACCUCUUCAAACAGUGCUAAUAGACAACGCUGGCCCAGUUGGUCGCUGGUUAACGUACGCAGGAGCCCUUGGAUAAGUAGCAACAAUGGCCUCGCCCUCCCCGGCGAACAGCCCCAUGCCGCCGCCACAGGCGCCCAGUCCCAUGGCCCCGCCAUCCCAGAGUCCCGCCCCCUCGCCGCACAGUCCGUAUCCGCAGCACCAGCAGCCCGGGCCGCCGCAAGGACCACCGCCCGGAGCCCCGCCACACAUGCAAGGACCCCCGCCACCCGGCCAUCCCGGAGCCUACGGCCAUCCAAUGCAACAUGGGCCACCAGGCCAGGGCCCACCGCCUGGCCACCACAUGCCGCCCCAUCACCAGGGUUUGAUUUUCUCAAAAGGUCCGCACAUGGGAAUGCAGAUGCCGCCGACGGGACCGCCGAAUAUGGGAUCAAUUGGUUACCAAUCGCAUGGAAUGCCGCCAAAUGCUCCCACACAACCCUGCAUAGUGUCACCUGGAGGGCCACCUGGCGGCCCACCGCCGCCAGAGCGCUCCAGCCAGGAAAAUUUGCACGCCCUGCAACGGGCCAUCGACUCUAUGGAGGAGAAGGGCCUGCAGGAGGAUCCACGCUACUCCCAGCUGCUGGCCAUGCGAGCCACCUCCAAGCACCAGCACCUCAAUGGCAACCAGGUUAACCUGCUGCGCACACAGAUAACUGCCUAUCGGCUGCUGGCGAGGAACAAGCCCAUCUCCAUGCAGAUGCAGCAGGCGCUGCAGGCGGCUCAGCAGCAGCCACCGCCAGGACCUCCGAUUGGGCCACCUGGAACACCCGGAGGACCACCGCCGCCAGGUGGUCAACAUGCGGGUCAGCCGCCCGUACAGCCUCAGCAGCAGCAACCACCACCGUCAGCGGGUACGCCGCCCCAAUGCUCCACGCCGCCGGCUAGCAAUCCCUAUGGGCAACCAGUUCCCGGUGGCCAGAAGAUGCAGGUGGCUCCUCCGCCACCGCACAUGCAGCAGGGCCAGCCCCUGCCGCCACAACCUCCUCAGAUUGGUGGACCACCGCCCGGUCAACAGCAACCGCCACCGCAGCAGCAGCAGCAGGCGCCUCAGGCGCAGCAACCGCCACCGGAGCAACUGCAGCACCAGCAUCUGCCCAACGGCGGCAAGCCGCUGAGCAUGGGACCCGCAGGCGGUCAGCCUCUGAUACCGCCCUCGCCCAUGCAGCCCCAAGUACGCGGAGCUCAGCCGCCGGGAAUGCCGCCUGGAAGUCAGGUGCCUCAGCCAGGAGGAGGUCCCCCGCGACAAGUGCCGCCCGCUGGCAUGCCGAUGCCCAAACCCAAUCGAAUUACCACGGUUGCCAAGCCAGUGGGCCUGGAUCCCAUCACACUGCUGCAGGAACGCGAGAACCGGAUAGCGGCCAGGAUUUCGUUGCGCAUGCAGGAGCUGCAGCGCCUGCCGGCCACCAUGUCCGAGGAUCUGCGGCUGCAGGCAGCCAUCGAGUUGCGGGCCCUGCGCGUUCUGAACUUCCAGCGGCAGCUGCGCAUGGAGUUUGUGCAGUGCACGAGAAGGGACACCACCUUGGAGACGGCACUGAACAUCAAGUUCUACAAGCGGACCAAGCGACAGGGUCUGAGGGAGGCGCGCGCUACCGAAAAGCUGGAGAAGCAGCAGAAACUGGAGGCGGAGCGGAAGCGCAGGCAAAAGCAUCUUGAGUUCCUGGCCGCCGUGCUCCAGCACGGCAAGGAUCUGAGGGAGUUCCACAGGAACAACAAGGCCCAGCUGGCCAGGAUGAACAAGGCGGUGAUGAACUACCAUGCGAACGCGGAGCGCGAACAGAAGAAGGAGCAGGAGCGCAUCGAGAAGGAGCGAAUGCGGCGCCUAAUGGCCGAGGACGAGGAGGGCUACCGCAAGCUAAUUGAUCAGAAGAAGGACAAGCGCCUGGCCUUCCUCCUGUCGCAGACGGACGAGUACAUCAGCAACCUCACCCAGAUGGUGAAGCAGCACAAGGACGACCAGAUGAAGAAGAAGGAGGAGGAGGGCAAACGGCUGCAGCUCUUCAAAAAGGAGCUGCUGAUGAGCGGCGAAUACGUGGGCAUCGAUGAGGGCAGCAUCUUGGCCGACAUGCGUGUCCAUGUGGUGGAGCAAUGCAGCGGCAAGAAGCUCACCGGCGACGACGCUCCCAUGCUGAAGCACUUGCACCGCUGGCUGAGCAUGCAUCCUGGCUGGGAUUGGAUCGACGACGAGGAUGACGGCACCUGCGGCGGCAGCAAUGAAGAUCACAAGCCCAAGGUGGAGGAGCAACCGAUGGCCACGGAGGACGUCACCGACAAGGCAGCGUUGCCGACGGGCACCGAUGAGGAUGCCAAUCCAUCCGAUGUCAUCACCAAGGCCAAGGUGGAGGACGACGAGUACAAGACGGAGGAGCAGACCUACUACAGCAUCGCGCACACCAUUCACGAGAAGGUGACGGAGCAGGCCAGCAUCAUGGUAAACGGCCAGCUGAAGGAGUACCAGCUGAAGGGUCUGGAAUGGCUCGUCUCGCUCUACAACAACAAUCUGAACGGCAUUCUGGCCGACGAGAUGGGUCUGGGCAAGACGAUCCAGACCAUUUCGCUGGUCACCUAUUUGAUGGAUCGCAAGAAGGUGAUGGGUCCGUACUUGAUCAUUGUCCCCCUCUCCACGCUGCCCAAUUGGGUGCUGGAGUUCGAGAAAUGGGCGCCCGCAGUGGGCGUGGUGAGCUACAAGGGCAGCCCCCAGGGCAGGCGGUUGCUGCAAAACCAGAUGCGGGCCACCAAGUUCAACGUGCUGCUCACCACCUACGAGUACGUGAUCAAGGACAAGGCCGUGCUGGCCAAGAUCCAGUGGAAGUACAUGAUCAUCGACGAGGGCCAUCGCAUGAAGAAUCACCACUGCAAGCUCACCCAGGUGCUAAACACCCACUACAUUGCUCCCUAUCGGCUGCUCCUAACGGGCACACCGCUGCAGAACAAGCUGCCCGAGCUGUGGGCGCUCCUUAACUUCCUGCUGCCCUCGAUCUUCAAGUCAUGCUCCACUUUCGAGCAGUGGUUCAACGCACCGUUCGCCACCACCGGCGAGAAGGUCGAGCUAAAUGAGGAGGAGACCAUCCUCAUCAUCCGACGUCUGCACAAGGUGUUGCGUCCCUUCUUGCUGCGCCGUCUGAAGAAGGAAGUGGAGCACCAGCUGCCCGACAAGGUGGAGUACAUCAUCAAGUGUGACAUGUCCGCCUUGCAGCGAGUGCUCUACAAGCACAUGCAGAGCAAGGGCGUCCUGCUGACCGACGGCUCCGAGAAGGGCAAGCAUGGCAAGGGCGGCGCCAAGGCCCUCAUGAACACCAUUGUCCAGCUGCGAAAGCUGUGCAAUCAUCCAUUCAUGUUCCAACACAUCGAGGAAAAGUACUGCGACCACACUGGUGGCCAUGGUGUGGUGUCCGGACCAGAUCUGUACCGCGUGUCUGGUAAAUUUGAGCUGCUCGACCGAAUCUUGCCCAAACUGAAGGCCACCAACCAUCGUGUGCUGCUCUUCUGUCAGAUGACCCAGUGCAUGACCAUUAUCGAGGACUAUCUGGGCUGGCGGCAAUUUGGAUAUCUCAGACUGGAUGGCACCACCAAGGCCGAGGAUCGUGGCGAGUUGCUACGCAAGUUUAACGCCAAGGGCUCUGACUACUUUGUCUUUCUGCUCUCUACACGCGCCGGUGGCCUGGGCCUCAACCUGCAGACCGCCGAUACUGUAGUGAUCUUUGACUCUGACUGGAACCCGCAUCAGGACCUGCAGGCCCAGGACCGAGCACAUCGUAUCGGACAGCGCAACGAGGUGCGCGUUCUUCGGCUGAUGACCGUGAACUCCGUGGAGGAGCGCAUUCUAGCUGCGGCCAGGUACAAGCUAAACAUGGACGAGAAGGUUAUCCAGGCCGGUAUGUUCGAUCAGAAGUCGACGGGCAGCGAGCGACAGCAGUUCCUUCAGACGAUCCUGCAUCAGGACGACAACGAGGAGGAGGAGGAGAAUGAGGUGCCCGACGACGAGAUGAUCAACAUGAUGAUUGCCCGCAGCGAGGAGGAAAUCGAGAUAUUCAAGCGCAUGGAUGUGGAGCGCAAGAAGGAGGACGAGGAGAUCCAUCCGGGCAGGGAGCGACUGAUCGACGAGUCGGAGCUGCCGGAUUGGUUGACCAAGGACGAUGACGAGGUGGAGCGAUUUCACUAUCAGUACGAUGAAGAUACCAUUUUGGGUCGCGGCUCCCGACAGCGCAAGGAGGUGGACUACACGGACAGCUUGACCGAAAAGGAGUGGCUUAAGGCUAUCGAUGAUGGCGCCGAGUUCGAUGAGGAGGAGGAGGAAGAUGACUCUAAGCGGAGCAAGCGACGCAAGCGCAAGAAUCGCAAGGAGGAGUCGGACGACGAUUCGUUGAUAUUGAAGCGUCGCCGACGCCAGAAUCUGGACAAGCGCUCGAAGAAGCAGAUGCACAAGAUCAUGAGCGCCGUGAUCAAGUACACUCAAGACGGACGCACACUUUCCGAGCCCUUCAUGAAGCUGCCCUCGCGCCAGCGGCUGCCCGACUACUACGAGAUCAUCAAGCGUCCGGUGGAUAUUAAGAAGAUCCUCCAGCGCAUCGAGGACUGCAAGUACGCCGAUCUCAAUGAGUUGGAGAAGGACUUUAUGCAGCUGUGCCAGAAUGCCCAGAUCUACAACGAGGAGGCGUCCCUCAUCUACCUGGACUCCAUUGCCUUGCAGAAGAUAUUUGUGGGAGCCAGGCAGCGCGUAACCGCGGCGGCGGAUGCGGCCGCAGUGGCAGCCGGUGAGAACACCGGAGAGGCGCAGGGAAAUGGCGGCGGCGGAGGCUCGGAUAACUCGGACAACGAGGAUGACGGCGAUGGGGGAGAUGACGGCUCAGACGAUGAGGAGAUCGCCACCACCUCUGCGGCGGCUGUCAAAAUGAAGUUGAAACUCAACAAGUCUCUGGCCAGUGCCCCCGCCACGCCCACGCAGUCCUCGUCGUCGAACGUGGGCAGCAGUGGGGCCGCAACCACAUCCAAGAAGCAGACGCGACGCAAGCGGUCGCAGAAGAAGUACACCAUCUCGGACGACGACGAUGACGAUAUGGACUAGCUACCGCUGGGCGUGAUCUUCAAGCGCGCCGUCUCCUCGGAUAACGAUGGCGGCCUGGGCAAUUGAUUUUUAGUUUAAGUUUAACUAUCACUCUCGGGGAAGAUGCUUACCGAAAUGCUUAGUGCAUAAGCAUUUCACUAAACACCUUCCACCCCUCUAUCCAGCUAUCGCUAUCCAUCAAUCUGUCGUAGUAAUAGGUUCCUCUUAGGUUUCCCUUUUUGAAUGAUUUAGAAACACAAACAUGUUUUCACCCAUUUACUCUAUUAAUUGUAUUUAAAAUUAAAUGCUUUUAAAAAUAAAU